AUGGCCGACAGCGCUUUGAAAGCCGGCGACUCCAGUCCGCGCCGGUCCACCGCAUCCCCAAAAUCGCCGCCGGGCCCGAGCGGGUCAACGCCGGCGAGCCCUCCCGCCGCGGCCCUGGGGCCGGUCACCGGCACCGGACACCUAGAAGUUGAUCCGGACUUUGUUGGUGAGGAUGAUGACAGCGGUGAUGGCGAUUCUGCCAUGGGUUCUUUUCGGGAGGAGAACGGUCGCACAUAUCACGCAUACCGGGCAGAAGGUGAGGACUACUUGGCCCAAGUUGCCGAUGCAGCGGAGGUGCCGCAGCGAGAGACUGAACGUCUGGCUGGGAACGACAGGCCCUUGAACCGGGUUCUUGAUAUCGGUACCGGGACGGGUAUCUGGGCGAUAGAUUUCGGUAUGUUCUGGAAUGUCCGUUGUGAGGGUGGGAUCAUGUCACUCACCAUUCUUAGCCGACGAGCACCCCGAGGUCUCCGUAUGCCUCCCCUGCCAUCGAUAAGGACAAACGGAUGUGACAGCAUUGUUGACUCUUACCAGAUUGCCGGCGUCGAUCUGAGCCCUAUCCAGCCGGAUUGUGUCCCACCAAACGCCGAGUUCUUUAUCGACGACAUCGAGACCGAAUGGAACUAUCACACCAAAUUCGACCUCAUCUACGGGCGCAUGCUCACAGGCUCCAUCAGGGACUGGCCCAAAUUGAUGGCUCAGGCCUUCGACAACCUCAACCCUGGAGGCUACCUCGAGCUAUGCGAUUCGCUCAGCCCUCUUCAGAGCGAUGAUGGGUCCCUUAAGGAGGAUUCUGCGCUCCUGAAGUGGAACAAACUCCUAGUGCAGGCAUCUGACAAGCUCGGCCCCAGCUUGGAAUCAGCGCUCCACUACGAAAAGCAGCUGAAGGAAGCUGGGUUUGAGGAUGUCACCAAAAUCGAGUUCAAGUGGCCGUUGAACCCGUGGCCGAGAGAUGCCAGAUAUAAGGAGCUCGGCGAAUGGAAUUAUUUCAACGUGCUUCAGGGCAUCCAGGCUGUAAGCCUGAUGUUGUUUACCAAUGUCCUGGGCUGGCCUGUUGUCGAGGUCGAGGUCCUGUUGACUCAAGUCCGAAAGGAGGCAAAGAACCGGGACAUACAUGCGUACUGGCCGGUGUAUGUGGUCUAUGGAAAGAAGCCUGAGUGA